GCUGCAGGGUGCUGUUGUGAUGCUACCGGCAGAAGAAAAAACAGCAGACAAUUUUAUUUCAAUGUUCUUCUUUUUAUAGUCACUGUUUUUGUUUUCGGUUAAUUUUAUAGCAUUGCAGAAAUGAAGAUUUGGAGCACGGAACACAUAUUCGGCUAUCCCUGGGAGACAGUGAUCAAAGCAGCAAUGAGAAAGUACCCCAAUCCCAUGAACCCCAGUGUGGUAGGAGUGGAUGUCCUGGACAGGAACCUGGACAAUCAUGGCCGUCUCCACAGUCAUCGGCUGCUGAGCACCGAGUGGGGCCUGCCAAGUGUGGUGCGAGCGAUACUGGGGACAAGUCGCACCACUACAUACAUUAAAGAGCAUUCCAUUGUUGAUCCUGAAGAGAAGAAAAUGGAGCUUUGCUCAACAAAUAUAACCCUAACAAAUUUAGUGUCUGUAGAUGAAAGACUUGUUUACAGACCACAUCCUGAAAACCCAGACAUAACAAUCUUAACCCAAGAGGCAAUAAUUACAGUGAAAGGAGUCAGUUUGAGCAGCUACCUUGAGAGUCUGAUGGCGCUUAGUAUGACUGCUAAUGCAAGAAAGGGCUGGGAUGCCAUUGAGUGGAUCAUUAAGAACUCUGAACGGGAGAACGUACCUUUUAUAUGACGUAUGCUGAGCAGCAAUAAUCUCUACCACCUCAGUAAUAAAACGGGCCAAAUAGUAAGGUGUGAGCGUGUGCGUGUGAUUUGGUCUUCACCAGCGCUGGAACCCCCAUCUAACUCAACCGAGUUUACACCUACUGUAGACACCUAUUGUACAGUAAGUGUGAGCUUCUUUUCAAUGUUUGAAGCAUCACAGUGGAAAUCUCCUUUUUAAGCGUACAUACACUAGUUGAAGUCACUGUUGAAGGAAGUAUGGAUUAUUUAGUUUGAAUGGUAAUAUGCACUUCAAAUGCUCUCACUACCUCCUUGUAAGAAUCUUCGGGUAUCCAUUAGGAUUAUUAUGUAAGUUAGUUGUUGUCCGUGUUACAUGAAGCAUGUUUAUUAUGUUCUUAGUCAUUAAGUGUUUUUUUUUACUUGUUGUUUUUGUUUAUAAAUAUUUAUUGAUGUUAAUACUUAUUAACUUAAUAAUUCAAUUACCCCAAAAUGUUUACACAUUCUCGUUUGUUUCGUUUUACUUUUGUGUUACUAAUGUAGUAUCAGAUGCAAGACGUUAUAUUUAUUUUUAUUGAAGAAUCUUAUUGCUCAAUGUUAAAGCUAAAACAAGCUCUAGCGUUAUUUAUUAUUAAUUUUUUAUUUUUUUAUUAUAUACCUGUUUUUCUUGUAUAAGUUCAUUAUCAAUGUUUUCAAAAAAUGUAUAAUGCAUUACGUGUAUCAUCCCACCAGUGCACAAUUGACAGUUAAACAGUUAUUUUGGGAAAAAUUUAUAUAAAGCAUGUCACCAUCAGCAAGCAUUUUUGUGCAAUGAAAAGAAAAUGCACAGCCUCCUUGUAGCCCUUUGAAAUAAUGUUUACUUUAAAAAAUAUAUAUUUUACUGUGCUUUAUGGGAAACUGCAAGAAAUAAAAACCAGCCAUCAGUGUAAUCAUUUGUAUAAAUGAAACAUAUUGUUUAUUACUAGUAGGCCCGUCACAGUUAUUCAAACCAUUAGCAUUGAAACGGUUAAAUGUUCUUGCACAGUUCAUACAUAUUAAAAGAAUUUGCAUUCCUUUUUUUGUAACUUAAUCAAGACAACAUAAAAUGUACAGGGCUAUACACAGCACUAUGGCCUUGUACCUCGAGGGUCGAGGGUUCUAUUCCCUCCCUCGGGUUUGUGGAGUUUGCAUGCCCUCCCUCCCUGUGUUUGCCAGGGUUCCUCUGGGUACUCUGGUUUUCUCCUACAGUCCGAAGAUGUGCAGAUUAGGUUAAUUGGUGUUCCCAAAUUGCCCACUGUGUAUGUGUGUGUGUGUGUGUGUGUGUGUGUGUGUGUGUGCACGUUCGAUGGAUUGGCAGCCCAUCUAGGGUUUACCCUACCUCAAGCCCAGAGUCCCUUGGGAUAAGCAUCUGGCCCCUCGUGACCCUGUGCAGGAUAAGAGAUAUAGAAAAUGAUUAAAUAUAGCUUUUUAUGUGCAUUAUUCCACAAUUAAUACCAUGUGCAUUAAUUUAAAUGGCUGCAAGUCAACAUGAUAGACAUUUAAACUGUUUAUUGCAGUCAUUUGUCAGCCGAUGUGUUAUAACUGUGACAGGUCUACCAUCUAACAUAAGGAGGAACAUAUUGAAGAACCUCGUAUUUGGUGCUAAAAUGCAUGCUUGAAACUUUUUGCUAAACACUCUUUUCUUAGUGUACUGAUGGGACGCACAAGUGACAGGUCUCCUUGCUGUACUAUGUUAAAAUAACUCCUGGUUCUGGCGUAGAUUGUAUUUCUUACUGUUUCUUGUUCGUUGCCAUAGUAGACGCAGCAUGAUAAUAAAACUUAAUGGCAGCAAAAAUGUUACAAAGAAAUAUGUAUGUGUUUUGUUUAUUUAUUUGUUGUACUUUUAUAUAGGAUGUUUUAUUUGAAGCAAGGAUAUCCCAAGGCUGUUAACAUCUAUAUAAGAUAAAUCACAUGAGGGUCCAGCUGAAAACGCAAACAGUUUUCCCAGUAUAUCACACAAAUAUUUCCACUGUAUUUUUAUUUGCCAUACUGUUGUAUCAAAGCAACAACCUUCUGCAUGUCUUCGUCAUGUUCACAUUAAUGCAUAAGUACAGCAUCCAGAGGAACCCCUGCUAAUUACAUUUAAUCCUUUAUAAAAGACUACUAGUCAAUUUUAAAAAGCAUAUUACGCUAUAUACAGUACUGUAAGAUUUAAGACCAGUGUUCUUCUGGCAAAGCAAUUUUUCCUUUCACCAACGAAUGUACAAAUUGAAACUCAUUUCAUGCACACGCUCUGUAGAGCUGGAGAAAUUGCUUGCGCACAUUUAGAAUUCAUUAAGAGAUCUCACUUGCACUACACUAUGUGGCCAAAGGUUUGUGGACACCUUACCUUUACACUAGUAUGUGUUUGUUAAACCCUCAAUUCCAGAUUUAUUCCUCGUUUGCUGUUAUAUUAACUUCCACGUUUCUGGAAGGUCUUGCCACAAGAUUUUGGAGAGCGGCUGCGUGGAUUUGUGUCCAGGCAGCUACAAGAGAAUUUCUAGUGAAAUUAAGCAUUUAGGGUAAGGAGACCCCAGAUGCAGUCGGUAUUCCAAUUAACUCCAAAUGCUUUCAGUGGGGUUGAGUUUCAGGAUCGUGCCCAUCAAUCGAGUGCGUUCACUCCAACCUUUACGAAGCAUGUCUAUAUGGAGCUCACUUUGAGCACAUGCACAUUGUCAUGCUGGAACAGGUUUGGGCUUCUUAGUUCCAGUAAAGAGAAAUGAAGUUGUAAUUGUACAGCAUAUAAAAACACUCCAGACAUCUGUGCGCUUCUGAGUUUGUGACAAGUGUUUUGGCCACAGGGGAUGUACUGUAGGUGUACAAUAGGCGUGAUGGUCAGGUGUCCACAUAUGUUCGGCCUUUAUGGUGUAUUUUAUUUUCAGAUAUUGCUUCUAACAGUAAAGAAUACGUAUUUGUAAAUUGUUCCAUGAUACAUUAAAUACUACUGAACCAGUGGCAGCUUUUGCCAAACAUAAAUAAUUCUUUUGAGUGUGUAAAGCUGCUUUGCGACAAUGUCAAUUGUUAAAAGCGCUAUACAAAUAAAAUAGAAUUUUGUUAUCCACAGUUUAAGCCUUUAUUAAAUUGGUUUUCAAAAAGUUUUAUCAGUGUUUUUAGUUUUCUCGCCUAGAUUUUGCUGUUAAUGAGAACAAUAAAUUGGACGAAUUAUUUUAUGAUUAGAUUCUAAAUGUUUUACAUUCAUCUGUCUUUCUUGUUGUUUGUAACGUGCACUGAAGUGUGAUUUUUCUUCUGGAUGGUUUCUGACAUUUACCAUUCUUUGUGAUGAAGCUGUAGGGGAUUUAGACUGGCUUUUUCUACAGAGUCUACAGCAUGAUGACCAGAUAAAUAGCUCCAAAUCCCAAGGAAGGUGGUGUAGAUCAAACAAUUCAUUCCUUUUUGUGUUAAUACUAAGCUAAUUGGUUGAAAGAUAAGGAAUUACUAUAAGUAUUAUGAACUUUAUUUGUAAUAACAAGCUGAAUUCUGCAAACCCUUUACAUAAUUAAUUGCCUUACAGAACACUCCUAGUCAAGAAUUUACAAUUGGCUUGUGACCCAAAUUCACAUAGUUGCUAAAAAUAUGUAGAUUCCCUAACAUUUCUUUUGACUAAGUGUUGUUAGUCUUUCAGCUGCUCCGGUCAAGGCAUCACCACAGGGGACCAUCCGAUCUGAACUUGGCACAGGUUUUAUACCGGAUGCCUUCCUGACACAACCCUCCUAUUUUAUCACGGCUUUUGAACUAGCUUGAGUAGCUAUAGUUUGGGCAUCAGUUGGGAAUUGAACCCGGACCUUCUGCAUGGCAGACGAGAAACCGAACACUGAGCCACCAAUCUUCAACACUGCACAUAAACAUUUUUUACAUUAUCAUACAUAAAGCUGCUGUUUAGAAAGUUGUUUUAUUUUUAUUUAAACCAUGCUUAUUUUAUCUUGUCAAAUUUAGAUCAAUUUGAAUAAAAUGUACCUACUGAACAGUGUGACUAAUCUACUAAGACAGACCAGCCCAUUAUUUCCAUUAUGGU